AUGACGAAGGAGCAAAGCAGGAGCCAAGGCCUGGCGCACACGGUCAAGGAGCGCGUCCACAAAGCCGGGCCAGACCUGGGGCAGAGCUGCAGCUCUGGGGCUCACGGGUUGAUGCAGGAGCCGCUCUUCCAGGGUGGGGUGUCAGAGGCGCUGGCCAGGAACGGGGAAUUCAGGCAGGGCCGCGUGGACCGGCGGUGUGCAUUCACGGCCAGCAUCUGUAGCGCGAAGCCCCGGACACAGACUCAGCGGAGCCUGGCCGAGUGGGCACCGCUGUGCGUUGUCCCGACACAGGAUGAGCCUCCCUGGCCCUGCCGGCUGCAGGCCCCAGUACUGACCGUGGCGUCUCUUCUAAGCCUGGGCCUGGGGCGCCGGCCCGUCCAGGUCUGGACACCGAUCCCCACCGCCUCGUUCAAGGAGGUGGUGGGAUCAGCCAUCUCCCUCUCUGAGAGCCGGGAGCACUUCGGGGCUCAUCUCUCAGGAGGAGCUGGAGCCCCUCUGCAGCCGUCAGUCAAGGCCCAGGCCAGCUGCCAGGUCAUUCCGGGACCAAAAGCCUGCUCGUCCUACGACAGAGAGGCGACCGGAAUUCAGGAGAGCGUGUGGGUGGAGCUCCUGCUGGAAGGAAGGCAGCAGCCCUGGCCUCCGCGGAUCGCGUCAUCAGCGUACGGCCCUGGUGGUCCGUGGCUGUCCCUGCCACUGCCUCUCGUGUCUCGCUUCAGCAGACGUGCAGUCACUGCCAUUGAGGCGGAGACAUCUCCGUUUCCGCCCCGGUCUCAGCGAAGACCAGGUGUGGGACCAGCUGGGGAGCGCGGGCUGCGGCAGUCCGUCCACACUGCCUGUCCCGUGGCCGGCCCUGUCUCCCGCAGGCUGGACUGGAGUGGCCUCGGCGCUUCGUUGUGGCGGCGCCGGCACCUGGGGCUGCAGGCCGACGGCCAGAACUUCAAGCUGGAGAACUCGGCCUUCUGGAUCUUCGGGGGCUCCGUCCACUACUUCCGGGUGCCCCGGGCCUACUGGAGGGACCGGCUCCUGAAGCUGCGGGCCUGCGGCCUCAACACGCUAACCACCUACGUCCCAUGGAACCUCCACGAGCCGGAGAGAGGCACAUUCGACUUCUCCGGGAACCUGGACCUGGAGGCCUUCAUUCUGCUGGCGGCAGAGGUGGGGCUGUGGGUGAUCCUGCGUCCAGGCCCCUACAUCUGCGGCGAGAUGGACCUCGGGGGCCUGCCCAGAUCUCAGGCCCUGAUGAGCUGUCUUGGGAUGGGGUCUCCAGAGGAGUCAGAACCGUGCCUGUGGCUGGCUCAGGAGUCGGGCAGGAUUACCUGGAGCCAGGCCAGCCCUGGUGCCAGGAGUCACUGCCACUGCUGGUUACUCCGAGACCCUGACAUGAGGCUGAGAACAACUUACAAGGGCUUCACGGAAGCAGUGGACCUUUAUUUUGACCACCUGAUGCUCAGGGUGGUGCCGCUCCAGUACAAGCAUGGGGGACCCAUCAUUGCUGUGCAGGUGGAGAAUGAGUAUGGGUCCUACAACAAAGACCCCGCCUACAUGCCUUACAUCAAGAAGGCCCUGCAGGACCGGGGGAUCGCGGAGCUGCUCCUGACCUCAGACAACCAGGGCGGCCUGAAGAGCGGCGUUCUGGACGGAGUGCUGGCCACCAUCAACCUCCAGUCACAGUCGGAGCUGCAGCUGCUCACCACCAUCCUGCUGGGCACACAGGGCAGUCGGCCCAAGAUGGCGAUGGAGUACUGGACGGGCUGGUUUGACUCGUGGGGCGGCCCCCACUACAUCCUGGACUCCUCAGAGGUCUUGAACACGGUGUCGGCCAUCGUCGAAGCCGGCUCGUCCAUCAACCUGUACAUGUUCCACGGGGGCACCAACUUCGGCUUCAUCGGAGGAGCCAUGCAUUUCCAGGACUACAAGCCUGAUGUCACCAGCUACGACUACGACGCGGUGCUGACGGAGGCCGGGGACUACACCGCCAAGUACACAAAGCUCCGGGAAUUCUUCGGCUCCGUGGCAGGGGCCCCUCUUCCCAUCCCGCCUGACCUUCUUCCCAAGACGGCGUAUGACCCAGUGACACCAGCUUUCUACGUGUCCCUGUGGGAUGCCCUGGACUUCUUGGAUUUGCCGGUCACCUCGGAGCACCCGGUCAACAUGGAGAACCUCCCGAUCAAUGGGGGCAGCGGGCAGUCAUUUGGGUACACGCUGUAUGAGACCACCAUCACCGCGUCCGGCGUCCUCACUGCCCUUGUGCGUGACCGGGGACAGGUGUUCCUGAACACGUUCUUCCUGGGGAUCCUCGACUACAAGAAGAAUACGACCGUCAUCCCCAUGGUCCAGGGGUUCACGACGCUGAGGAUCCUGGUGGAGAACUGCGGGAGAGUCAACUACGGGGACAGCAUUGACCAGCAGCGCAAAGGUAUCAUUGGGAACGUCUAUCUGAACGACUCUCCCCUGAAAAAAUUCAGAAUCUACAGCCUGGAGAUGGACAGGAGCUUCCUGCAGAGGUUCACUGCAGACAAGUGGAAACCUCUGAUGGAAGAGCCCGUGUUCCCUGCAUUCUUCCUGGGAGCCCUGUCUGUCUCGGACUCCCCCUGCGACACCUUUGUGAAGCUGGAGGGCUGGGAAAAGGGGGUCGUGUUCACCAACAACCAGAACCUCGGCCGCUACUGGAACGUCGGGCCCCAGGAAACCCUCUACCUCCCAGGCGUCUGGCUGGACGUAGGCUUAAAUAAGAUCAUCGUCUUUGAGGAGAAGAUGGCGCAACGGAUAAUCCAGUUUGUGGACACACCCAACCUGGGCCAGCACACGUACGUGCACUGA